CGCUAUAAGAGGGCGUCCUGGCAGGCGUCACUGCCACCGAGACCUGCUCAUUGUCACCAGCCGCCACCAUGCUGGGUGCUGAAGAAACAGCACUGGUCAGGGGCGUCUGGCAGAAGGUGGAGAGCGCCAAAGAUGAAAUGGGAGAGGAGACCCUGACCAGGAUGUUCCUGGUCUACCCCAAGACCAAGACCUACUUCCCCCACUUUGACCUGCACCACGGCUCUGAGCAGAUCCGCAACCAUGGCAAGAAGGUGGUGACUGCCUUGGGCAACGCCAUUCAGAACCUGGACAACCUCCGCCAGACCCUGGCUGACCUCAGCAACCUGCAUGCCUACAAUCUGCGCGUUGACCCCGUCAACUUCAAGCUGCUGGCGCAGUGCUUCCAGGUGGUGCUGGCCGUGCACCUGGGCCAAGAAUACACCCCGGAGGUGCACGUCGCCUUCGACAAGUUCCUGACGGCCGUGGCUGCCGUGCUGGCCGAGAAGUACAGAUAAGCUGUCAGCCCUGCCCAGAUGCCAUCAAUAAAGACACCUUUGCUGCA